AUGGGUCCAGCAUCCAUACACUGCCUUAGUGAGGAGGUGACCCUAGUUGGUCACCUCAUUGAAGGCAAGAGCCAGGCUGAAGGUGCAGCCCCUUUAUGUUCCAGGCUGUGGGCAGUGUCCUCCCUGGGUCAGCUGCCAGACACCGACAUCCUAAUCCAUUAUCAGCUUUUCUCUGGAAUUCCCUUGGCAAGAGUUGCCCGUGUGGUCUCGCUGCCUCUGCAUCCGCAGCCCACCCAGCCCAUUCUCUGUACGAACUACCAGGAGGAUCUUAACAAUGUAGAGAUCAUACCAUGUGUCUACCUUGCCUUACCUGUGGGCCGGGACAAGUGGUACCCAACGUGGGGCACAAAACUGGGGGACUCUGUGAGUGACGCUAUUCGUGUGCCCAAAGUAGAAAAAGGAAAAGGAAAUAGAGGAGCUGACAACGUGGGGACCUCCCAUGCCGCGCUGAUCCUUGCGGAUGAUGGCACGUGGAGACAGAAGGAUGGUGGGAAAGUGCAGGUCUCCAUUUUGUCAGUGAUGGAGCUAAUUUGGAACCUGUAUGAGAUCCUUUUUGUUGAAGUUCUCCCGUCCAGUCCUUCACCUAAACCACAACAUGCUCUUACAGUUCCAGCAGAUCCAGAGCAAUUGGAUUACCCAGGAUCCUCUGCACCGAUGAAGAAUUUGCUUACACCUAAAGAGUCAACUGGAGAGUCACUGCCAGAUCCAGAUAAGUUUGCUGUUCUGCAUCAGGGUCUGCAUGACAAGUUGGUUGGGCCACAGAGGAUCCCAGAGGUGCAUCCAAUGCUAGACAGGCAUGAGAAUGAAGGCCUAGCUCUGCCUCCUCAACUCCAAAGAAAGAUGGGGACUUCUCCUUUAGAGCAGGCUGCAGACCACCAGUCACAAGUACUUGUUCCACCUCUAGCGAUUAAGAGCUCAACAGCAUCACACUUAGUUUCACCCCUGAAACUGAAGGGUAUAGCUCAGCCUUGGCAACUUGCUAAGGAGGUUUUUGGAGCUCCUUAUCUAUCAGAGUAUCCUGAGCAUCAGAAACAAACCUUGAAGGACAAUACUGUGGAUCUAAGUACGGAUAAAGCUGAUCAUGACAGCCUACAUUCGGGAUAUCUGGAGAAUCCAGAUGAGCGUGCACAGCCCUGUGAGCACAAGGAAUCAUCACAAUACCAGGUGGAGGCCUGGACUAAAAAUCUAGAGGCUCCCCAAGUCCAAUCCUCUCUACCUCUGGGAAAAGGCCCAUGUGAGCAUUCACAGCCUGCUGAAGAGGUCUUACCUUCUUUAACCCAGUGGGAGGCCCUACGUCAGCAUAAGCUUUUUACUGAGGAUGGUUUACAUCAGCUGUCAGAGAAUCAGGAGUUCGGUGUUCCAUCCGCAAGUAGCAUGUCAACUCAUCUCCUGCAUUUGCCCAGUUUCAUCUUUAGACCUGUGGAUAUGGAGGUAGUGGCAACUAUGGAAAACGAUAAGGAGACUCAUCCUUCUCUCAGGCUGCUGCAGUCCCCGGGGCAAUCUCUAGAGAAUCCUGAAGAGGUGGAAACAACUCUAUUCCAACAGAAGAUUCUCCAUCUACCUCUAGGACCUCCUUUGGCAAAGGAGCCUUCUCCUAGUGAGCAGAAGCAUCCAGUUCCAUUUUCUGAGGUGACUGAAGAAGUUGAGUACCUAAAGAGCCAGCCUGAGGCCACAGCUCAGCCUAUAAAGUCUGUUAAUGAAGGCAGACUUCCAGUCCAGGAAGAUGCUCAAACUUCAGAGUCCUCUCUAAGGAGUGUGGCUAAAGCUUUGCUGUACCACAAAGUGACAUUUCUGUCUCCAGAUCACCAUUAUGACAGGCCUACAUUUGGAGUUAAGCCUGCAUAUGCAGAACUUAUUAUAACUACAAAGCCUAUCAAGGAGGUUGAAUCUUCUGUGAGGUUCCAUCAAGAGGUCCCAGCUCAGCCUCUAGGUCCUCAUGUGGUGCUUGAACCUUCUGCCAGGCAGCAUAAUCAGCCAGCUCAGCCUUCUAAAUAUCUUGGAGAGUUUGAACAACUCCAAAGCCAGCUGGAAACCCCAGACCCACAUCAUGAGGUGAGAUUUCAGCCUGUAGAUGAGGAUGCAGGUCUCCAUCAUAAGCUGCUCACCCUUAGAGUCGAGCCUCUGGAUAUGGAAGUUACUACAGUUGCAGAGCCUGUGAAGGUUGAAUCUUCCCAGCAAAUGGCCCCAGAUUUGUCCUCCAUGUUGUCUACACUCUUUGAACCUUGGAAAGUUCAGCAAAGUGUUGUAGCUCAGCAGCCGAACUCUUUAAUAAUUGAUUACCAUUCUCUGGUGGAUCAAGUGAUCCCAGUUCACUCCGAAGAGCUUUCUGAACAUUCUCUAAGACAGAAGGAGAGCUUAUCUCUGUCCUCAAAGCCUGCUGUGAGUGCCACACUUCAAAUGAUCCAGCAAGAGCUCUCAGCUGAGCCUCUAGGGCCUUGGAGCGAGGGUAGUAGUGUUCUUCCAUUGGCAGCUUAUAUGACAUAUUCACUUCUAGAUACAGGAACAAAGCUCCCAAGUCAGCAUUCAGUGUUGUCUAAAGCCACAGUGACACAUGUGGAUCUGGAGCUUACUACAACCACAAAGCCCACCCUUCAGAGUGAGCCUUCUGUCACCUAUCAGGAAGAUCGGCUUAAAGUUCCUACUGAACUUUCUCUCGUCCAAAUUGGCCCCUCUUUCCAGCAUGCAGAGUUCUCUGAAAAAUCUAAGUCUUCUCCGGCUCAGCAAGUAGUCAAAGCGCAGACUCUAGAUGGUCCAAAAGAGUUAAUUUCUGCUGCAACACAGCACGAAGCCCUGCGUCUGCCACUAGAGUUCUCCAAGAAGGCCAAACCUCUGCUUCCCAAGAAAUCAUCUCCAGUGUGGCAGCCAAACCCCACUCAGGUUCAACAAUCUCCUCAGAAAUGUAUACCUGAGCUCUUAGUGCCACAUGAAAUGACACUUUCAAGGGCAGGGCAGGACCCUGUUCAGCAUCCAACAUCAUCCAGUGUCAUACUUCAAGCACUGACCACAGAGUUUACUAAGAAGUGGGUCACAGGAGUGUGGUGUGGAUGGGUUAUCUUCCUCCUGCCUCUUCCCUUCACUCUGUGCUUCAGGAUUGCUGGGCUAAUUCUCAAUCAUAAUCCUCUGUCAGCCAUUGAGGACUCAUCUCUUUUUCAAUUACCAGCCUUAAAAUAUUUAGACUUAGGACAAACACAUGUCCCACUUACAGCGCUUGAGAAUAUAAUCACAAUGGCUCUAGGACUGAAAACACUGAUCUUACCGAGCAAUAUGGUCUGCUGCCUCUGCCAGUUUAAAAAUGAUAUUGAGGUGGUCGGCAAGACAGUCAAGCUACAUUGUGACAGCACAUGUGUGCUUCACACGACUCAGUGUGUGGGACAAGCCCUCAUAGAGAACCUUGAAGAAGCCUUGAUGAAGGUGUUACAAGCCCGAAAGAUGAGCACCAACACUAUGCUGACUAUCAAGCCAGAAAAGGCAUCUUCAAAAAGGGGUGGUUUGCACUUGUCAGGCCUUGUGAAAAAGCAGCUAGACACUAAUGAUGAAAGUGAUAUUACUAAAACAGCUAGCUUCACACUGCCAUACUUCCUAGAGGGAAAUCUAGAAGACACAGAGAAAACAAUAUUACCAUUCCUUCGUCUCCUUCUUUCAAAUACACAAAAUGGAGAUAAUUCCUUGGCUUAUUUGGAAAACAGUAUGAGAAACUCCUCUGCUCAACUUGGAUCUGGCAAUUUGAGUCUCAAAGAUAAACUGAAGACGUUACAUUUUCUCCAAAAGUUGUUAAAUGCAAAAAUUCAGGAAAUAUUAGAUGACACAAAAAAGAAAGAGAAAACUGUCAUGCUUAUGCCAUCUAGGAAUUUAGAUCCCCAAUUCAGACUCCAAAUCUUUGCAAACAAAGUGGAAAGUCCUGAAACACAGGAAAACAGCCUGGCAGAGGUGGAGGGUGAAAGGAAAAUGCUUCCAAGCUCUAAGACCCUUCUCAAGGAGCUGAAGCAUCCACAACAAAGUGUUUUCAAGGAAGAAAGGAAACAGAAAGCCGGGGAUAAGUGGGCUGCCCAGCCAUUCUUAGAAGAUGUCACCAAAGAGGGAAGCCUAAGGAGAUUCAUCCCACAGGAGGUGGGGCAGCAUCAGGGGAUGCCAAGACCCAGGAAGUUCGUGGAAAACUCUUUCCGCAUAGAGCCCUCCCUCACAGACAAACAGAAAGUAACAGCUUCUUCUUUCCUAAAACAUCCCUCCAUGGACACAUCUCCUUCCAUCCCUGCCAAAGCCCUGCCCAAGGUGAGAAAGAGAGCAAAUGAUUUCAACUACAUUUUGGAUUUACAAAAUGCAAAUGCUAGAGUUAAAACCACAGAGGGUACAAAACCAGUCUUACAUCCUGGAAACCCUCACCACUUUCACAAAACUCAUUCUCUCAUGGCCCGGGGAACACCCAAGGCCAAGCUGAGUGACAAGUUGAGAAAGCAAAACACACACAGUAGACAACCGCUUGUAAAGAGGUCUCAAUUCUCAGCAGUGAGGACUCUCACCAGUUUCCCAUCAGGAUCGUUCUUCUCAUCUUCAGGAGAGCCCAGUUUUCAGGAGACUCCUGUUUCAGAAUUAUAUGCUCCUUCAGAACUUUCUGUAGAAAGCACCCCUGUAGAAAACCAUACUGCAGCAGAUACUUUCAAAGGAGCAGAUUUUGCGUUAAGCAUUAGUGUGCCAGAAGAAACUAUCUCCAAAGACACAACUCACAAGAAUCAUUCUGCUGCAUACUCUGCCGUGACUGCAUUCAACCUAAUACCAGCUGUGAACUACACAACAAAGGCACAGUGGGAACACCCCAACAUGGGCACUGACUCACCGCUCAAAGACUUCACCCCCCUGUCGCUGUCAUCCUCACAUGAUCAGUUUGAGAUUUACAUAAAUCAGCAACUCUGGCCCCUCAUCCCCAACAAUGACAUCAGAAGGCUGGUUUCUCUUGUUAUCAGGAAUUUAUUGGACUGCUCUGAGACCCAAGUGCAGUUGGCCUGUGCCAAGCUCAUCUCCAAGACAGGCCUCCUGUUGAAGCUGUUCAGUGAGCAGCAAAAAGCCAAGGUGUCCAAGGCCCAGUGGGAUGUGGAGCACUGGACAAAUGAGAAUUACAUCAUUCAGAGCACAGAAGACAAGAAUGAAGAGAAGGAGCAGCAGUCAAGAGAGCUCACAGUAGAAGUUCCAGGAUUCGGCUAUAAGAACAAACUGAUCUUGACAGUAUCUGUGACGGGAAUAGGGAUCAUUGUGUUGAUAAUUUUCUGUCUCAUUGAGAUUUAUUCCCAAAAACGGGCUUCAGAGGAAAAUGAAGAAGAGUCCUCAAGGGAGCUCCACGGAGUCACCACAGAGGCAGCGCCCACAGUGUCGGCCAUCAAGAAGGCGCCCUUGGAGUGACCCUGAAUUGCCUCCAGUGACUGGCAAAUCUUUUUUUCACAUUGUUUCGUAUUGUUACAUUAAAACCUAUAAUAUUUUAGAGCACUUCUAGCCAUGCAGUAAGAAAAUAAGUCUUGAUAGUCAAAUUGAUGUGUGCAUGUAACACACGGCAUAGUGGAACUGCUGUUCGGAUCCUUUGUUGUGUCCUGCUUCUGAGGGAGCCAGUGUGGCCUUCUUGUCCUUGGCAGCCAGGAUAACCAGUUUCUGUAACCAAACACGCAUGUGGGUUUGGCAUUUAUAGACUCCUAACACUUAGCCCAAUAAUCCGUGGAAGCAUACUUUUUGUCUUAUCAUCAUUGCACAGGAAAUGGAGCUCAAAGAAUAUAAGUAAUCUGGCCAAAUACACAAAGCCGCAUAUCUAAAGCCUCAAAUUAGAGUUUUAAUUAAGGACCCUAAGACUCUAAAGGAUUUUAACCAAGACACUGCCCCACUAUAGAGUCUAGAAACAUGGGGACAUACAGACCUUGCUGCCUGCUGUCACAUGGCUUAGUGUUCUGGAGAUGGGCCAUCAGAAUUUGGGGGACAUGUGAACCUCCAAGUCCCCAGGUGUAGGAAGUGGCUGAAGUUGGAGAUGGAUCACAUGUGUGGGGCUAAUGCAAGGCCAGGCCUGUGAACAUAGAGAGCCCAAAGUGAGCCACAUAACAAGCUGUUCCAGCUCUGGAAGGCAAGGUGCCCAGGUGAGUCAGUCAAAUAAGCUGCUAUGCAGAGGGGUUGAAAUUGACAUCAAUUCCCUGAGUGCCUAAAUAAAUGGGCUAAGGUGGUUGAGCAGUUCCUUUCCUCCAAUCCAGAGAGAGGGCCCACCUGAUCCCAGCUUUGUGUGUCUUGCCCUUAUUUCUUCACCUUUUCACCGCCCUUCACGGUCC